AUGCGGAUCGUGCACCAUCCGGGUCGGGCGGUGGACGCGAGUCUGUCGCUGGAGCAGCGCAGUGCCAUGGGCGCCCUGUACGAGGCCAACUGGGACAAGGUGCAGUCGAGCAUGAACGCCCUGAUCGAGAGCCACCACGAGUCGAGCCCGAACCCGGCUGGUGUGGCGGUGGCGACGUCCCCUGGUGCAAUACCUACCCCGGCGACCACCUACCGUUCCUCGACGGUGGCCGGUUCCUCGGAAGACGACGAAGGACUGCCGGACGAGGACGAAGAUCGGGACACGUUCCAGGAGAGUUCCGGUAGCGGUGUGCUGAAGGCCCUCAAUGGCUACCGGCCCGCCACGAUCCGGCGAGCCCGUCGUCGUCAGUUUCCCGAGUGGGACGAGCUGAAGGAACCGUCGUUGACCCAGCUGGAGCAGCUCGAAAUUGGCAGCAGCAAGUAUCACACGGUCCGGGGUCGGAUGUUUGAGGGCACGCACAAAUCGAGACCCUCCUUGCGGGGAGCUGAUGGAGGUGCGCUGGGAAGGUUCCACACGGAUCCCUACACCGACCUAGCGACGGGUCGGAGCGCCGGUUCUACGCUGAAGCGAUCGAACACGGUGGCCGCACAGAUCCCGCAGGCCCAGCAGCGAACCCUCGACCGUCGGGAAUUGUUCCUGCCGAAGAAGGCGGAACGCAUCCGGCAGCAGCGGCCGGCGAUCGACGAGUACUCGGACUACCAGCGUCAGCCGGUCAGCCGGUACCCGGGAGGUGCCGUGGAAUCGGCCAGCCUCCGCGGCGUUGUAGAUAGUCUCGACUCUAAGCUAAGAUCCAGCAAGCUCUGUGAUAAUGGCGCUCGAUACCGCGAUCGGUCCAGUCCGGCCGACUAUCGGCGCGGAAGUGACGACAGCGAGAGCAACCUCUCGAUCGGUGACCGCAUGACGACGUACCGCUCGGACAACGAUCUCUGCUCGCAGAUCUACCGCGAGGGCAGCCGAAACGGGUCGCUGGCCAGUAUCCCGCGGGCUACGGCCACCCUGUCGCGCAACAAGACUAUCCGGGGGCGCCCGAUCCUGGAGGACAUCCCGGCCGAUCUGCUGCCCCGGAUCGAACCACAGAAGCCCAAGAAGGCGGGCGCCAAGAAGGUCGGCUUUGGGAAGAUGCUCUACAACACCAUUUCCGCCGGGACCAAGUUUCCGCGGACGCUCCUGAAGUCCCACUUUGGUGGGGCACGUGACGGUGACACUUCGGAAUACGAGAGUAUCGAUACUACGGGCGACGGUUACCAUCAGGACGAGUCGCCGCCACCGUCAUCGUUCAUGUCGUCCUCGUCCGGGGCGUCCUCUACGGCAUCCUCGUCACCCGCGAAGGGUUCGUCCACGUUCAAGAAGCUAUUCGGUGGCAACCGUGCCACGGUGACGGCGGCCGGAAGUAGAAGUGGCAGCAGUAGUAGCAGCAGCAGCGGCACCAGUAGCAACCACAACACCACCGGUGGACAUCACUAUCCACACCGCACGCAACACUACAGUGCGUCCAGCUCGGAUUCGGCCGAAUCGUUCAUCAUUCCGACUGCCGGAGUGCACGGUGUCGGGGUCGGACUUGGUGGUGGUCGCUUCCCGUCGCUGGUCCCAGUGCAUACCUACGCCCGGAAGCGGCGCACCGGCAACCUGAUAGCGGCCGAGCCGAUCUACGGCAACGUGGAGGAGAUCUACGCCACACCGGACGAGGGCCGCGUGGAGGUGUCGCGCGAAGGCAAAUACCUCUCGACCCUGUCCGGUGCCAAGGUCCUGGGCGAGCUGGCCAUCCUCUACCACUGCCAGCGGACCGCCACCAUCACGGCCGCGACCGACUGCAAGCUGUGGGCCAUCGAGCGGCAAUGCUUCCAGACGAUCAUGAUGCGCACCGGGCUGAUCCGUCAGGCCGAGUACUCCGAUUUCCUCAAGAGUGUGCCGAUCUUCAAAAAUCUCCCGGAGGACACGCUGUGCAAGAUAUCCGACGUGCUGGAGGAGUGCUACUACCAGAAAGGGGACUACAUCAUACGCCAGGGGGCCCGCGGGGACACGUUCUUCAUCAUCUCCAAGGGCCAGGUGCGCGUCACGAUACGCCAGGACACGACGCAGGAGGAAAAGUUCAUUCGCACGCUCGGCAAAGGCGACUUCUUCGGCGAAAAGGCUCUGCAAGGCGAUGACCUGCGCACGGCGAACAUCAUUUGCGACUCACCGGAGGGCGUCACCUGCCUGGUGAUCGAUCGGGACACGUUCAAUCAGCUGAUCUCGAACCUGGACGAGAUCCGGAACCGCUACAACGACGAGAGUGUCAGCCAGCGAAAGAAGAUCUACGAGGAGUUCCGAGAGGUGAAGCUCUCGGACCUGCGUGUCAUCUCGACGCUCGGUGUCGGUGGGUUCGGCCGGGUGGAGCUGGUGCAGCUGGCCCAGGACAAGUCUCGAUCGUUUGCGCUGAAGCAAAUGAAGAAGGCACAGAUCGUCGAGACCCGCCAGCAGCAGCACAUCAUGUCGGAGAAGGAGAUCAUGAGCGAGGCGAACAGUGACUUCAUCGUGAAGCUGUACAAAACGUUCAAGGAUCGCAAGUACCUGUACAUGCUGAUGGAGAGCUGCCUCGGGGGCGAACUGUGGACGAUCCUGCGCGACCGCGGACACUUCGACGACGGCACCACGCGCUUCUACACCGCCUGCGUGGUCGAGGCGUUCGACUAUCUGCACUCGCGCAACAUCAUCUACCGCGACCUGAAGCCCGAAAACCUGCUGCUCGACGUGUCCGGCUACGUCAAGCUGGUGGACUUCGGGUUCGCCAAGAAGCUGCAGUCCGGACGCAAAACCUGGACGUUCUGCGGUACACCGGAGUACGUGGCGCCGGAAGUUAUUCUUAAUCGAGGCCAUGACAUAAGUGCCGACUAUUGGUCGCUGGGGGUGCUCAUGUUCGAGCUGCUGACAGGUACACCACCGUUCACCGGAGCCGAUCCGAUGCGAACGUACAACAUCAUCCUGAAGGGCAUCGAUGCGAUCGAGUUCCCGCGCAACAUCACGCGCAACGCCAGCGCGCUGAUCAAGAAGCUGUGUCGUGACAAUCCGACCGAACGCCUCGGUUAUCAGCGCGGCGGUAUCAGUGAAAUUCAAAAGCACAAGUGGUUCGAUGGGUUCUACUGGGAAGGUCUGCGAAAUCGGUCACUUCCCCCGCCGAUCCUGCCGAAGGUCCAGAGCGUCGUCGAUACGGCCAACUUUGACGAUUACCCGGCCGACCCGGAUGGUCCGCCGCCGGACGAUCUGUCCGGCUGGGACGACGAUUUCUAGAGAGUACGCGUUCCGCAGCGAUCCAUCCCGCUUCCCCGGGCCCGAGAACGCGCGCUUCCGUUUGUUCGAUUGCGUGUUCUGGAAUAAGUGUGAGACAAAUGCGUGACUGUGAAAAAUGAAAACCGAGUGCGAGGCCGAAUGUGAAUUUUUGAAUGGCGUGCGUGCGUGUUGCGGGAUGGGCGUUUUUAAUACCCUCCGCUUUUCAGAACCGCUGUUCUUGUAGUUUCUUUUUUAUGUUUUACAAAUUUUAUCAUUUAUUUUAUUCGUAACACAAAUAAAAAAAAAUACGAAA